UGACAGAUAGCAACGAUCUGAUUUGUCGAAGGCCAAUUAAACAUGCAACACUGUUCCCCAUGCCAGUGGUUUACGACUAAGAACUUAUGAAAAUCAACCACCGAAUCGAUUCAACUCUACCGCGCUUAAUUUCAUCUAUAGUUGGUUAAAAAUUCAAGUACUUUUGGUGGAACUGAGGGAAGAGGUUUACGUUUUACAAGCACCCGGACGAUAAAGAGAACUGUCUUUGAAGGAAAGUCCAUUUUUUUUGAUGCGAUAUUAGAAUGUACACGCGAUGAAUGGUUCCUUGUGUUGUACUUCAAACAGCCCCGUCGAGCCCACCCCACUGCGUUGGACCCUUCGGCUGAUUUAUAUCGCCGUUUUUGUCGUUGGAAUCGUUGGAAACCUGGUCGUUUGCAGCGCYGUCGUCCGAAGGAAAAGGAUGCGUACGAGUAACAACUUAUUCACAAUUAACCUGGCUUUCGCGGAUUUGAUAGUUGUUGGGAUCUACGUACCAACGCAAAUGGCUGCUUUUGAAAACGAUCAUAAUUGGCCUUUGGGGAAUUUCGUCUGUCUAGUGGCCUAUAUUACAAUCCCAAUCUGUUUGUCAGCGUCAGUUGGGAGUCUACUWGCAAUUACUUGCGACCGCUACCGGGCCAUAGCUCACCCACUAAGGCCAAGACUUACUUUGAAAAAAGUAAAAAUAAUCAUWUUUGURAUAUGGGUGCUUUCGUUYAUYACAAGCAGUCCACUUCUAUUUGUUGCCGGUACGAGUAGACAUCCUAACGACGGSCAGCUGUAUUGUUCGGAAACAUGGCCCGAAGAUACGCCCUAUGAAAAAACAUACUGGAUCUCAAUAUUCAUCGUCCAGUACGUUAUCCCUUUGGCUUUAAUCGCGGUGUUGUCAAGGGUGACCGCCAAAAAAAUCAAGCAAAACGAUUUCUUUAAGAAAAGACGUUAUUCCCAAGUAGUGACWAACGCCGUCCGACAACGAAUGAAACAGAGCGCGCGCAUUACAAAUAUGCUUGUUGGUUUGGUUGUUUUAUACACUGUUUGUAUGCUACCACAACAUAUCGUUUAUUUCUGGAUGACGUACGGAGAUCUUAACUACUUGAGCUACAAGAUGUACAUCUUUAGACUCGCUAACGUUUUUCCCAUGGCAAAUUGCGCGCUCAAUCCCAUUGUCUAUGGAACGCUUAAUAAAGAGUUCGGUCAGGUGUUCAAAACAUUCUUUGCGCACUUAAAAUGCCAAAGCAAUUCAACGAAUACAAAKAGUACUGGCGAGCAACCGAUGAACAAUCUWAUCGAUAAAAAAUCGGCAAUGUCUUCAUUAAUCGAUAGACAGUCGAAGAGAAUUGAGUUUCAGAGGACSAGGGAUACAUUGUGCUGUGACAUUAACGACGAUYUGCAAGAAGGACAACAGCUCCCCGAGGGUUGAGRGAAGCUCUUGACGAASAAAUA